AUGUAUAUAUGUUGGGAGGCUUGUAAAGAGGGGUUCAAGUAUUGCAGGCCACUUGUAGGUGUUGAUGGAUGUCAUAUUAAAGAUAAAGCCGAUGGAAUGAUGCUUACUGCCAUUGGAAUGGAUGCUAAUGAAGGUAUAUAUCCUAUUGCAUAUGCUUUAGUUGAAGGAGAAAAUACACAGUCUUGGUCUUGGUUUUUACAUCUUUUGUGUAGGGACCUUCAAAUUGAUUAUGUGUCUCAACAGUAUUACACCUUCAUGUCUGAUAAGCAGAAGGACCUUAUUCCAGCUUUUCAAGAAGUACUAGCAAUGGUUAAGCAUAGGUUUUGUGUUAGGCAUUUACAUUCAAACAUGAAGGUAGCUGGGUUUGGAGGCAUGCCUAUUAAAGAUGCUCUAUGGAAAGCAGCUAGGGCCACAACUGUAACAACAUUUACACAGGCCAUGAGGGAAUUAAAAGCAAUAGAUGCUGGAGCCUUUGCCUGGUUGGGUGAUAAACAUCCUUCUGAAUGGUCUAGGUCUCACUUCUCCACUGAGGUUAAAUCUGAUGUCCUAGUGAAUAAUAUAUGUGAAUGUUUCAAUGCCAUGAUUCUGGAUGCAAGGGACUCCCCACUUCUUCAUUGCCUUGAGAUAGUCAGAAAACAGAUUAUGAUUAGGCUGUUUGAGUGUAGGAAGCAGGCACAGAAAUGGACAGGGAAAAUUUGUCCAAAUAUUGUUAAGAAACUGUCGGUAUUUGAGAAACAAGCUGGAGGGUAUUGGGGAUACCAAAGUACUGAAGUUCUAUUUGAAGUUAGGGAUGCUUAUGACCAACAUCAAGUUGACAUUGAAGCAAAGACAUGUUCAUGCAAGAAGUAG